GCCAGCGGAUGCGGAUUCAAAACUUAACCGACAUUUGAUCUGUCAACGUGCCACAGGAGCAGCAGCCGACUUAGUCCGCGGAAUCUCUGAACACUCGAGUUGCACCGCGUAUCCUGUCUUAGCAUCCCAGAGUGCUUAAUUCCAAAUCGAUCCUUUAAAAUAAUUGCAUCGCGGUUUCUGUGCUUUGCGGUCAGUGAGUUUUUCCAGCGGCAUUUGGAAUUCGCUCAGCAGCAGUAGCAGCAGCAUCCAGACGUGCCCCAUCCCGUGCCACGCCCACAGCAUCACAAUGAACUCCCUUCACGCCCACCUCCUGCUGCUGGCAGUUUGCUGCGUCGGCUACAUCGCCAGCUCCCCGGUAAUUGGCCAGGAUCAGCGCAGCGGCGACAGCGAUGCCGAUGUCCUGCUGGCCGCCGACGAGAUGGCCGACAACGGAGGCGACAACAUCGACAAGCGGGUGGAGCGGUACGCCUUCGGCCUGGGACGACGGGCCUAUAUGUACACGAACGGCGGACCGGGCAUGAAGCGCCUGCCGGUCUAUAACUUCGGGCUGGGCAAGAGGUCUCGUCCCUACUCCUUCGGACUGGGCAAACGCAGCGACUACGACUACGACCAGGACAACGAGAUCGACUACAGAGUGCCGCCAGCGAACUACUUGGCAGCUGAGCGUGCUGUGCGACCUGGACGACAGAACAAGCGAACGACGCGUCCGCAACCCUUCAACUUUGGCCUGGGCCGACGUUAAGUCAAGAGUGGCCCCAUUCUCCCCGGAUGGCGCACUUAUCCAAAUCCAGCCGUGCGCCAUUUGGCUAGGAGCUCAUCCUAACUAAUGUUAUCUAAACAGCACUUGCAAAAGCUCUCAGACUCUUCUCCAAACUUAAGUCACACAUUCGGGAGGCAAUCUAAAUCUAAAUGUCUGCGAAUCCACACGAAUUCUUUGCACGCCCCUCGUCCCACAAAUAUUUAUUGUAUGAAUCGCUAGAGCCAAUGGUAUUUAUGUUAAGUUCUUCAAAUCGAUGCGUUUAACGGCAGCCUCUAAAUAAUAUAUGACAAAUGGCGAAAAAAUCCAAAAAAAAAAGAAAAUAAAGGGAAAACAGAAUGAGAAUGAAACUGGCGUGUGCAAUUAUCAAGGAAGAAAUACAUAUAAUGUUAUACGAAUCUAUUAUAUAUGCAUAUUCAAUCCAAUUUACAGUACUCCAUAUAUGUACAUUUUAAAGGGGCAUUAAUUAAUAUACACGCGGAUUUAAACUUAUAUACUUGGGGCAAUCUCUCUCAGAAAGAGCGACACGAGUGGCAUUCGUUGUGGUCGUCGGCGGAGGAGCACGAAUAGUGGGUAAACUACUGCAUACUAAUAUCGGUGUAACUAAGUGUUUGACAAAGUGAUUACUAAUUUAACUAUAUAAUUACAAAUAUGUAAUUGUUUUGUGAAUACAUACCUACCCGAAUAAACAUAGGCGCAGCAAGUCUGCGUUAGCAAAUACA